CCAGCAGGAUAUAGAAUAAAGGCCGAAAUAGAGACGACAGGGUGGAGUGGCGGAGACUCGGGAGUGAGUGCGGGGCGGACAGCGGGGCGGCGCAAGAUGGCAGACACGGAGAGUACUUGCACCUCAGUGGACGACCGCACCGAGGACCUGGUGUCACCCACGAGGGACGCGCUGGUGGAUGGGAUCGUAGGCCUCCUCAAACCCUGCCUAGAUCAGCUGGAUGACCGUGUGCGUGCCACCAGGGUGAGCCAGAGUGAGCUCCACCAGCAGCUGGAGGGCCUGGCUGCUGAGCUGGCCAAGAUACACGAGCAGAGCAAGUGUCCCCUGCAACUGGACUCCUACAUCAAGAAGCUGCAGAAUGCCAAGCGCAGGGUGGUGGUGGUCAACAACAUCCUGCAGAACACCCAGGACCGUCUGAACAAGUUACACGCACAAGUCAACAAGGAGAAAGUGCUCUCCUAGAGACUUUGCAAACGCCCAUCCACGCUGAAGUUACCUAUCUGAGAACAUCACAACUCACCAAUACUCAAGCCCACCAUGGUGUGAGGAAUCCCUGCGCUUGUUUAUCUCUGGCGUGGUGGGUCCCUGCGCUGUGCUGUGCUGUGUGCUGUGCUGUGCUGGCCCUGUGUUGCUGGAGAGGUGCAGUGGUGUGGAGUUUGAGUGGUAGUCUCUCUCUCUCUUGUGUCAGUAUUUCUGUUGUCUUCCGUCAAGGGUCUCCAGCUGUGGUGCUCUGUGUUAGUGUGGGCGUAGAGCAAGGCUGGGUUACUUGGCUUAAUCAGGCAGAAAAGUUUGCAUUUUUGAUUUAGAAGAGGUGACUGAGUGAGUGAAAAUGUGUAGCAUCAAUCUUGUGUAGUCCAUUCAGUGUCCUGCUUGUAUUAGAGCAUAAAGGAAAGGCUGGCAAGUGAA